GAUGGCGGCGGUGCGGCGGGCGCUGCGCUGGGCGCUGCUGUCAGCCGCGGCCGUGGCGGCGGUGCUGGCGCUGGACAACGGGCUGGCGCGGACGCCGCCGAUGGGCUGGCUGCACUGGGAGCGCUUCCUCUGCGGCACCGACUGCGGCACCGACCCGCACCGCUGCGUCAGCGAGCGGCUCUUUGUGGAGAUGGCCGAUGUGAUGGUUGCUGAGGGCUGGAGGGACGCGGGCUAUGAGUUCAUCUGCAUUGAUGACUGCUGGAUGGCCCCGACGCGGGAUGAGCACGGCAGGCUCCAGGCUGACCCAAAGCGGUUCCCCAGCGGGAUCCGCAAGCUGGCUGACUACGUACACUCCAAGGGUCUCAAGCUGGGAAUCUACAGCGAUGUUGGGAACAAGACAUGUGCUGGCUUCCCUGGCAGCUACAACCACUAUGACCUGGAUGCCCAAACUUUUGCCUCCUGGGGCGUGGACCUGUUGAAGUUUGACGGCUGCAACUCUGACACGCUGGAGCUGCUGGCAGAAGGUUACAGACGCAUGUCUCUGGCCCUGAACAGGACUGGAAGGAGCAUUGUGUAUUCCUGUGAGUGGCCUUUCUAUCUGAGGCCCAUGAAGCAGCCCAAUUACACAGAGAUCAAACAGUACUGCAAUCACUGGAGGAACUUUUUUGACGUCUAUGAUUCCUGGAGCAGCAUCAAGAGUAUCUUGGACUGGACAGCACUUCACCAGGACAGCAUUGUGAAGAUAGCUGGGCCAGGGGGCUGGAACGAUCCUGACAUGCUGGUGAUUGGAAACUUUGGGCUGAGCUGGGACCAGGCAGUGACUCAAAUGGCCAUGUGGGCUAUCAUGGCAGCUCCCCUCUUCAUGUCCAACGACCUGCGGCACAUUAGUCCUGAGGCCAAGUGGCUGCUCCAGAACAAAGAGGUGAUCGCCAUCAACCAGGAUCCGCUGGGCAAGCAGGGAUACCAGAUCACCAAGGACAAGAACUUUGAGCUGUGGGAGCGGCCCCUGUCUGGCCGAGCCUAUGCUGUGGCAGUGCUGAACCAGCAGGAGAUUGGGGGACCCCGAAACUUCACCUUCCCCCUCACCUUCCUUGGCAAUGGGCUGGCCUGCAACCCAGCGUGCUCCGUGUGGCAGGUCCUGCCAGCCAGCAGGGACUGCGGGGUGUACAGCUGGGUGUCCUCCCUGAGCGUGGAGGUCAACCCGACAGGCACUGUGCUGCUCAAAGUAGUGGCACUAUAGGAGGCACAAAAACAAUCUCUUUGUAAGCGUCAGGCUCUUUCUAAACUUCUUGUCAAAAGAA